AAUUCGAUCAAAGUGAGAGCUCUUUCACAUGUUUUUUUAACGCUGCUACAGACCUGCGCAUGCGUGUACAACGAUCGAUCGUUUAUAUGCGUCACGACUGCGCAGUUAUUGCGCCGUUAAAGCAUUCAUUUACGUUUUCUGUUCGUUAUUUGUCACAUAUUUACUCAUAACAUUGUUGCCCAGAAACAGUAUAUGUAUUCAAUUCAUAAUGUGUUAAAUACAGAGGACAUUAAGCACACUGCGUACUUCGCCUCCAUACUUGGAGAUGAAACUACAACUCCCAUAUGCCCACGCGGUAAGGAAGAGUUUCAUUCUGAGAUUCAGACGUGUUCAACUGAAGCAGGAGUUUGUGGAGAAGCAGAAGAUCUCCCAUUUAGCACAACCCGCUGCUUGUUUGCAAAUAUGCAACAAUCUGAAAUACGCUUUAUAAAGUGACACAUUUUUCGCCGAGUUUUUGUCGCCAGUGAACCGACAUGGGCACUGCUUUUGCCAUUGUUCUGGUGUUUGUCGGAUGCUGUAGCAAUGUGGUGUCUCUGGAGCUACUUGUAAGACAGUUUCCAGGAUGUGGCAACAUCGUCACCUUCGCUCAGUUUGUUUUCAUCGCAUUAGAAGGUUUCAUAUUUGAAACAAACUUUGGGAGGAAGAAACCAGCGAUCCCUAUCAGUAACUAUGUGAUCAUGGUGACCAUGUUCUUCACAGUCAGUGUGAUCAACAACUACGCUCUCAACUUCAACAUCGCCAUGCCGUUACACAUGAUCUUCAGAUCGGGAUCACUAAUCGCUAACAUGAUACUGGGAAUAAUCAUCCUGAAGAAAAGGUAUUCAGCGAGUAAAUAUCUGUCUAUAGCUUUAAUUUCAGCUGGUAUCUUCAUCUGCACCAUCAUGUCUGCCAAACAAGUGAAUGUGUCCAAUGAGGGAUCAGAGGAGCAAGGCUUUUAUGCCUUCAUGCACUGGCUUAUCGGUAUCGCCAUGUUGACCUUUGCUCUGCUGAUGUCUGCGAGGAUGGGAAUUUUCCAGGAGACGUUGUACAAGCAGUACGGCAAACACUCCAAGGAAGCUCUCUUCUACAAUCACUGCCUGCCUCUUCCGGGCUUCCUGCUUCUCUGCACAGACAUCUAUAACCACUGUAUCUACUUCAGUCAGAGCACUCCUACAGUUGUUCCUGUGGUUGGAGUGACUCUGCCAAUAAUGUGGCUCUACCUGCUCAUCAAUGUCAUCACACAGUAUGUGUGCAUCCGCGGUGUCUUCAUUCUGACCACAGAGUGCGCCUCUCUGACCGUCACCCUGGUGGUGACCCUGAGGAAGUUCCUCAGCCUCAUCUUCUCCAUCAUGUACUUUCAAAACCCGUUCACCACAUGGCACUGGGUGGGCACGGCGGUGGUCUUCCUGGGCACCCUGCUGUACACGGAGGUGUGGAGCAGCAUGCAGGCCGCGCUACGUGGACCUGAUGUCAAGGAGAAGAAGGAGGAGUGAAAAAAAAGAAGAAGAAGAAGAAGAAGAAAGGACUGAUGGUCGAGUAGAAAAACAGCCACUUUGCUGGACUUACAGAUCACUUCAGUCGACUAUCCUACAGCGCUUUUAUACAGUAACUUAAUUUUGUUUAGGCCGUAGUGAAUCUCUCUCUCUCUCUCUCUCACACACACACACACAAACACUUACAGGAUAAGGCUGGUGAUAUUCUAUAUUUUCAUUGUGUCAGUCUGUAUCUAAAACAGCAGACAGAAACAGCGACCAGCAGGUGAACACUCAGGAGUUGGUGGUAGAGACUAAAACCGAGCUAAAAGAGAGUAAAUGUUGCACUGAAAGGGAUACUUUGCUAACUUUUUAACUGACUUUGUGUCACAGCAGUGUGGGUAGUAAAUGCACUUCCCUCUACAUUGACAGCGCCGUAAUGCGAUUAUCAUUUAACGCCUAGAAUGAGCUAAGUGAUGUUGAAAGCACUGCAGUGACAAAGAGAAAAUCUGAGAAAGUUCACUGUAAAUUCAACAAGUGGCCAUGAACACAACUUCAAAUGAAUUACAAAUUAAUAAUAUACAUCCGUUUCAAAACAAUAUUCCAAGCAUUUAUUACCUUAAGCUUCUCAUAGGGGAAAAAAUAUGUUAGAUUAGAGUAAAUUGAUGUUUUUUCAGGCUUUAAUCUGUUUUUUUUCUGAUCUUUUAUAGAGCAAACAAUCAAUUGGUUAAAUUAGACUAUUUUCAGCUGUUGUUUCUUACACAAUUGUUGCACUGAUGAGUAUCCACAGCAGCAGGGCUGUGUUUUUAAUUAAACCACAGGAGCAUUUCCUAAAUCAGUGACCUCACCAAUAGCAGGCGAUUGACAUGAGACACUAGGUGACAUGAUCGCCAUUUUAAAUAAGUGGUUAACGUUGUCAAACGGUCACAGUUUCAGUUAAGUUUAGGCAACAAAUCUUGGUUUAGUUUAGGAAGCAAAACUACUUUAACAGAAGUUAACAUACAUUUAUGACUUUGGUAAUAAUGUUGACUUUUGGUUUCACUGUGGACAUGAACAUGAACAGCGGUCUACUGGAUCAAAGUUUGUGUUUGUAUGACCCACUCGCCCUAAGUGAACUUUGUUGUUCUUCACACUUUAUAAUGUCACUUCCUCCUUGGCUUCCAUCAUAUUUACUACGGCCACGAGAGGGCGCUGCCUAACAAUAACAUGUUUAUAAAAAAACAUGAAUAAAUAGAAUGUAGAUCAUCACCAGCCCUAUUCUUAAUAUAAGUACCUCAUUAGCAUUCAUAGAUGUAAAAUCAGGGUGCAAUUUUUUGUCUGUAAUGUUAUUUGAAUAUUUAUUUUCUAACAUGACUCCAUAUAAACCCUUAAUCAGUGGGUUUACAGUGAACAGAGUGAUGUGAUGCUGAAUGAAAUUGUAGAGAUCAUGUAUUUGCUGUAUUUUUUCCCCUCAUGUGUCAAACUGUCUCAGGUGUAUUGGACCAGUAUUUGUUAACCAGAAACAUCACAUUGUAUAAAACAGUAAGCCCUUACACUCCCUGCGCACUGAAAAUAAAAUGUCAACCUGGCUACUAAUAUACAGUA